AUGCCAGCCCAAACAAACGCCGGAGAUCUGAUCGCACACCUCAAGUCCGUUCUCCUCGAACUCAACGCGCACCCGUAUCCAGAAGUCGCGUGUCCUCCAGAGGUACCCAAACGCGCAUCUGUCGCCCUGAUCUUACGCGUGCAACCAAACUACAACCAUUGGCCAGCAUAUGCAGAUAAACCUCUGCACUCUGCAUCACAACAUCCGCCAAAACCGCGCCGACGAUCCUCCGCGGCUUCAGCAUCCAGCCACAAGCUGGAGUUUGAAGACAUCCUACACGCCUUCUUCGAGCAGGACUGGGUGAAGCAUGGCGAUCCUGAGGUGCUCUUCAUCAAGCGAGCGACGAGGAUCGGCGAUAAGUGGAAUGGGCACGUAGCUUUGCCUGGAGGGAAGAGAGAUCCAGAGGAUGACGACGAUGCUGUCACCGCUAUGAGGGAAGCGCUCGAGGAGGUUGGGAUCGAUCUGGGUUACCACAACGCAAUAGCAGUUGGUAACCUCCCUCAGCGGAUAGUCACCACAAGCUGGGGUAAAGUCCCACUCAUGGUACUUUGUCCCUACAUCUACCUCCUUACCUCGCCCUCCUAUCCAGCCCAACGCCUCCAGCCCACCGAAGUAGCCUCUUCGCACUGGGUGCCCAUCCGCGCACUCCUCUCUCCCGUCCUCCGUACCCACGAAUACGCCGACGUAAGCGCGCGCCUCGCGAAAUCCGAACUCGGCAUAAAGCGCUGGUUCCUGCAGGCCAUGCUCUCGAAGAUGAUGUUUGCAGCCAUCCGCCUCGUACCCUCCAGCUCCACACACUGCGCCACGAUACCAGACUUCGUGCCCGCUUUUAGUGCACCGCCAAAGGGCGCGGUUGGGAAAGCGAGGGACUUGGUCUUUGGAGAGGACCGUGGGGACGGAAAACCGCCGCUGUUGCUUUGGGGACUGACACUGGGCGUUGUGAGUGAUUUCCUGGAGCACAUUCCGCCGCACAAUGCGCUAGAGCUGUGGACGUACCCCACGUUCACGAGCUGGGAUGUGAGGUUCGUCAUGUGGGCCAUGUCAUAUCGAUUCAGGCGUCAGAAAUCAAUUGAGAUGUCGUCUAUGUCUACGCGCUCCUCCACCACUGCGGGCGAGCAGGACCUGCCGGGCUUUGGCAGCGAGGCUGUAGGGCCCAUCUUCAGCGAAGGAGAAGAGGCGGUAGGUAAGCCUGGUGAAGUGGGGAUAGCAGGGCUGGGUGUUGGGCGUGGAUGGGGACAAACUGGGAGGGCAAAGAUGGUUGCAAGAGGUGCGGCUGUCAAUUCGAUGCUGGAGGGAUACUAUCCCAUUGUGAGGAAAGCCGUAGCAACGGCGCUGGUGGGAAGGAUAAGUGUGUUUGCGCUGCUAGCAUUUGUAGCCUGGAAGAAAGUGGACUGGAAACGGUUGGUGAGCCUAAAAAGAUAG